AUGACAGGACAAGAUUCUAUGGUUGUGCAUAGGUCAAGGUUUAUUGAUAUUUCGACAGGAAAUAUCACUGCGCUCGCAUUUUCGCAUAAAUCGAGCACUACGAAGAUGACGCCGUCUGAUCUACGAUUGGCGCUUGGUAGAUCUAAUGGUGAUAUAGAGAUUUGGAAUCCACGUGAGAACUGGUUUCAGGAGAUGGUAAUACGCUCUGGUAAGGACAGAUCAAUUGAGGGUUUGUGUUGGAGAAAUGUUUCCGGGGAGCCUUUAAGGCUUUUCUCUAUCGGUGGUUCGACGGUAGUGACGGAGUGGAAUUUAGCUACGGGAUUACCUCUGAAGAAUUAUGAUUGUAAUGCAGGUGUUAUAUGGUCUAUUGCAAGAAAUGAAUCUCAGGACAAGCUUGCGGUAGGGUGUGACAAUGGUACAGUAGUCAUAAUUGAUAUCUCCGGUGGUCCAGGUUCUUUGGAACAUGCUUCGAUUUUAAUGAGACAGGAGGCUAGGAUCUUAUCCCUUACUUGGAAUAGGGAUGAUUAUCUUAUUGGAGGCUGCUCUGACGGUAGGAUUAGGAUCUGGUCUGUUCAGAAAAAUUCAGAAAAUUCAGGAAGACUAUUGCAUACGAUGAGGGUUGAUAAAGCAAAAAACGAGUCCACAUUGGUAUGGUCGAUCUUAUACUUACCAAAACUUAAUCAAAUUGUCUCUGGUGACUCAACAGGUUCCGUGAAAUUUUGGGACUUUCAUUACGCCACGCUAGCUCAAUCGUUCAAAACGCAUACAGCUGAUGUUCUUUGUCUAGCCUCGGAUGCUAAUGAUGAAUAUGUUUUCAGCGCAGGUGUCGAUAGGAAGAUAUAUCAUUUUUCUCACUCUUUGUCCAAGAGCCAAAGCAGCAAUCGUUGGGUAAAUACAUCAAAUAGAUUGAUACAUGGAAAUGAUGUGAGAGCCAUGUGCUCUUAUCAGUCCAAAGGCGCUGAUUUCUUAGUUUCUGGUGGUGUUGAGAAAACUUUGAUUAUUAGUUCCUUAUCCUCGUUUUCUGAUGGUAAAUAUAGAAAAUUGCCACCCUUUGCACGCUUCAAUGAGAAUAUCUUGAUCAAUAAAGAACAAAGAUUUGUUGUUAUGUGGCAGGAAUCUAUUGUGAAAAUAUGGAUUAUUGGUAGUGAGUUCAGUUCCCCCAAGAAUUAUAGGUUGGUUUGCAAACUAGUGUUAAAAGAUGAACAGAGCAUCACCACAUGUGCAAUGUCUCCCGAUGGACAAGUACUUAUAGUUGCAAGACCAUCAUCUACAAAGUUGUUCCAUCUUCAACCCACUGGCUCUAAAUUAAGAGUUACAAAGUUGGAUAAUGAGGCUCUUCUGAAUACAGGAUGUAAGCAUGUUAAAUUUAUAGACAAUUCGAGGAUUGCAGCUUGUUCAUCACAAGAUGAGUUUUUUGUACUAGAUUUGGAAUCAGAAAAUGAUGAGGAAAUUGAACCCAUAGAAUUGCCAGAAGUUUCUCAAACUAGGAGUAGUCUCAAAGUACCAUUUUUAAACAGCAUAAAUUGUCUGGAGGUCAGUGGCAAUUACUCAGUCGUAGCAAGGGGUUGCGGGGCUAUUGAUCUAGUAGACCUCACAACAAUGAAAUCAAAAUCGUUGUUUCGUCUCAUGAACUUUGUAACCGCAGUCAGAAUUAAUGUCGAAAGAAACGCGGUAGUAAUAGCAGCGGCCGAUAACAAAAUAUAUGAAGUGAACAUACUAAAUGAAAAGGAAAGCGAUGGAGGCCUUCUGACUGAGUGGUCUAAAAUAAAUACGGACAACCUUCCCAGACAACUAGAAAUUUCAUCUGAAAAAUGUAAUGGAAUAUUUUAUGAUCCCAAAGAUAUGAGCAAAAUGUGGAUUUGGAGUCCAGCUUGGCUCUCAAGAUUUGAUUUAUCCGUCAAUCUGCCACUUAAUUCCAGAAAGAAGCAAAAAAAACAUACUCGGGAUGGAUUAACCAUUACAGAUGAGAGUAAUUUUCUUAACGAUGCAGAUGAGGAGGAUGAUGAAAAUGAUCUCCACGUUUCAGAAUCAAUAGAUAUUCCUUCAUCCACUACGGGUAAAUACAAAUUUGAUGGGACGAGUAAAGACACUGUAGACAGUAAGGCCUUCUAUUUCACAGAUAAAUUCAAACCAAUUCUUUUCGCUGAUAUUAUAUCUGAAAAUGAAAUAUUCGUUGUUGAAAGACCAACAAGUUUAGUUAAUCCAAGUCAAGGAGCGUACGAUUUACCAAAAUUGGUAUUCUAA